UCGCCACAUGGUUGGCAAAGUGCACAGUAUUAAUUAGACUCAGUGACGUGCAGAGUGCGCGACAGGCAGACAGGAGAGAACAGCAAAAGGAUAACUCUGCUUCCCUAGACUCACUAGGAAUCAUGGUUCUGUUGUCAACUACUCUGACAGAGGAGGAAGAGGCUUUGCAGAGGAAAUUUGCAAAACUGAAGAAGAAGAAAAAAGCUCUACUUGCUCUCAAGAAGCAAACAUCCACCAAUCAGACGAGCCAGGCUGGAAUCAAGAGAUCUCUCUCAGACCAGCCUGCGGUAGACACUGCAACAGCUACAGAGCAGGCGAAGAUGCUGGUAAAGACUGGAGCUAUUAGUGCGAUAAAAUCAGGGACCAAGAACAGCGGCUUCAAGCGUUCCCGGACCCUAGAGGGGAAACUUAAGGAUCCGGAUAAGGGCCCUGCACCAAGCUUCCAGCCCUUUCAGCGUAAUGUGUCUGUAGACGAGGAGCAGGCGGAGAGUUCAAAGCGUGCCCAGAGGAAGUCACUCUAUGAUAGCUUUGUGAGCUCCAGUGACCGGAUGCGUGAGACAGAGAGAGAUAGUGAAGAACGAGACGGUGAAAGAGACGCUCGCCAAAGAGAGCGGGAUCUUUAUGAGCGGGAGCGUGGAAGAGAGCGAGACAGAGACAGGGAUAGAGAUCGGGAGCGAGACCGCGGUGAUAGAGAUCGGGAGCGGGACCGCAGUGAUAGAGAUCGCGGCGAAGGAUUCUAUAGACGGUCCGAUUCUUUCCCUGAACGUCGAGCACCCAGAAAGGGUAACACGGUGUAUGUAAAUGGAGUGGGCAUGUCACAAACAACGUUACGGGAGGCCUUCUCUAAAUUCGGGAACAUUAUAGAUCUAUCAACGGAUGCACAACGGAAUUGUGCGUUUGUUACAUUUGAGAAGAUGGAAUCGGCUGAUCAGUCCAUCCAAGAGCUCAAUAACACAACAAUAGAAGAAGUUCCAGUUAAAGUUAGCAUCGCUCGUAAACAGCCCAUGCUGGAUGCAGCCACAGGAAAAUCUCUUUGGGGGUCACUGGCUGUCCAGAACAGUGUGAAAGGUUCUCAUCGAGACAAGAGAUCACAAGUCAGCUACUCUGAAGACCUCUUCUCAGAUCCCCAGCCCCGGCCUGACGAAAACCCAAGCUAACUGUUAUUCAAGAUGUAAAAGGACGAUUUGAAAAUGUGCAGGUGUAGGAAUAUAAUAUCAUAAAUAGCAUAUGCCAGGGCUUCCCAAACGUAGGAGUCAGGAUAUAUUUAUUGUAAAUAGAUCAAUCAUGUUGCCCAUUUUAUUUUACAAGGAACUCUCUAUUCAUUCCUUAAUAGGCUACUUAAAAAAUAUAUAUAUAUAUACAUACCCAUUUAAAACCAUGUGUAAUUUGUGUUCAUCUGGCUUCUAAGUUUGUCAAGCCCUGGUGUAUGCUUUGAUCUGACCUGGAGCUGGUUGGAUUAAACCAAUAGUACAUUGCGAUGCAUUAUUAAGGCUGAGCUAGGUUCCACCUAACCCUACCUUGAAAAGUCUCUAAAUAUUGACUUUCUCGCUUUUAUUUUUAGCAACUUGUGACUUGGAAAAAAAAUAAAAAAUACCGAAAUGAAUGGAGCGUUUAAAAAAAAAAAAAAGACACCAUACAUGUUGAUUUAUUUUUGCCAGAGGUAUUUCUGCUAAAGCAGGUUAGCAAGGUAGACAAGUUUUGAGAAAAGCUGAAUAAAUGAUUUUUCUUUUUUUUACCUAAACCUUGCGGUUUUCAGUUUCAUUGGGAGGGGCGGGGGUCUCGAAGUGUAGUGCAUUGAAUUACGAAAAUAUCUGACUUUUAAAAAUAAUAAAUAAAAAUAAAUCUAACCCUGGCUCUUUUACCAU